CCACACCCACCCCUUCGCACGGGAAGCAUCGCCGGAAGACUCCUGGGAGACGUCUCUUUUUCCUGCGUUACUUCCUCUUUCCUGUGUUCGCCACACGUUCCACACAAAUCUCCGGAUAAGCCUGGACUGACACAUCUCUCCACUUUGCUCUGAUUCUCUCAUGUUGCCCAUGUCACGUUUGCAAAGUGGAUUUAUACCUACGAAAGUCGCAGUCCUGUCCCAACUCGUGGAGGGUGGAAAGCGCGUGCUAGUGCUGAAGUUGCAGACUCCGUUGGGUUGCAAUUUUUGUGAUUGAUUCUAAGGUUGCGAUAUGGCGGCAUUGGCAAAUGGGCUGUCUGCGUUCUGCGGGGUGGCGAUUCCAGCUGAGGCCGCGCCAGUGUCUGCUCGAGCGGGGAGGUCGCAGAGAGUGAGCUUGGCAGUGCGGGCGGAGGCUGCAGAAACCACCACUGCGUCGUCUGCUCCCAUCAACCCGUCCAUCCGCAAGGACUCCGACAAGGUGGUAGACACGGUUCAGGCUGAUGAACUCUCCAAGCCAUUGACGGCUUACUGCAGAUGCUGGAGAUCUGAGACUUUCCCCCUCUGCAACGGCGCCCACGUGAAGCACAACAAGGAAACUGGUGACAAUGUUGGUCCUCUUCUGUUGAAGAAGUGAAGACCUUCCCAAUUGAGAGAUCCAUCACGAAUGAAUUCAAAGAGUACAAUGCCUCGGGUGUAUCGAUAUCAUCUGCUUCAGCCUUUUCCAAUACCAGUUAUUCUAACAGUUAGGUCUGAUAAUUCAGACAUAUGUUUGUAAUUUUUAAAUGUUUUUUUUUUCUUAUUUUCCUGGGGAGGGGGGUCCCUCAGUGAUCUGUAGAAUUUCAACUUGAUAAUGAGCAUAAGAGACCAAACCUCUUGUUUUUUGAUGAUUA